AUGGUGUGUCGUGGGGAUCCGUACCCCCUCGAGUGGGAUUGGCUGGGCGAUUAUCAACUUUUAUGGGUCUUCGAAGACGGAGAGUACAUCAAGGUAUGGCAAGAAUGCGUCGAGCGACCGCGGCCAAGCAACGCGUCUUGGGCGCCCCGUCUUCAGUGUAUCUGGGACGGCUACGCCUGUCCGACGUGGGAAGCAGAAGAGGACCUCUUCAGCUACGGCCAAUUGAUGGCCGACACGACGAGAAGUGGCUACCGACACAAUGAGUGGACCGGACGAGGUCGCGAAAGGGGUUCAAUCACGCCGCUCGUUGGUUUGCGGCCGACAGAUGUAGACUUAACGGCAGAGAUCUAG